AUGAUGAUGUCUAUGUUCAGUUCAUUUGAUGCACUGUCUGCAGAAACAUUUGGGCAGAAGCUCAAGUUCUCUUUCAGCACUCCCAAAGAAGGGAACAAACCAGGAGUUGAGCCUAUGAAGAAGAGUGGGAUGUCUGAAGGGAACAAGGACAAGUCAUCAACAUCACCUCCUGAAAACAUUAACAAGUCAUCACAGCAACAGAAGAGGAGACCAAGGUUUGCUCCAGAGUUGGAUGGCAUGGCAAUGGGUGCAGUGUCUGUGACAGUACCAGCUAUUGUUGCUGCAGCUGGGAUUUAUUUCCUUGACAAAAGCCACUCCAAAGCUCAGGAGUUGGGAAGCAGAAUGAGAGCAUCUCGUGAAAACAUGGUGGAAAAAGUGAAGAAAGCCAGUGAGAUGCCAAAAUUAGCACCCCAACUGGAUGGGUUAAACUGUUUUGAAACAUUAAUAUGUCAUUGA